AUGGCGUUGUACUUCGUGGACGCCCCCCUGGAGAAAAAUGCCUCCAAAAACAAAUUCAACAUGUACAAACGGGCCUUCCUGAGGACAGACCAGUAUGACGUGAAGGUGAUAAUAGGGUUGCUCCGUUGCUACAAGUUCUUCUUCGUGACGCCCUUCAACUUCGAAGACGAGAGCAAUCGGAAGCUCGGGAAGUACCUCUCGAUCAUCCUGUCGCUGCUAUGCGUCGUUUACAUGUAUUUUUCCAUCACGGAUUCCUACGGUCUUCUGAAAGACUCGCCCAUAACUCGCUUUUUGCUGGCGGACCUGUGGUGCAUCAUGAACAUGCUCUACCUCAUGAGCUGCUUCCUGAACGCCAACGCUUUCAAGGAGGAAACCUGGAAGACGGCGCUGAGAUCUGUCGACCAAGCGGAGUACAUGCUUCGCAAGAUGAGUUUCCAAUCGCCCAAGAAGGAUCUGAUUUUGUUGCUCCAAGUAGUUUUAAUUUUCGUACCCUACGUUGUUCUGACAAGCUUCCAGGUCUUUUUAUGGAUCAGUGGGGGCAACAUGAUCGCUUUAUAUUCCUUCGUUGGUUCCUAUGUUGCGUACUUAUACAUGUGCCUGUUCUUAUUCUUCGUCCUAAGGCUUACGGGCAUCCUGAAGGCGAGGUAUGAGUUUGUGGAGGACAACUUAAAAAAUAUUGCGGGUAGUAAAAUGGACGACCAGGAAAAGGUUAGAAAGUUGACUGAGAUUGUACGGUUGUACAAAACCUUCAUGUUUCUGAUGGAUAGCAUUAAUGGAAUAUUCGGACCGCACUUGUUCUUCUUCAUCAGCGUCACGAUCAGCUAUAUGCUGUGUGCCAUUUCUUACAAUAUGGAUAUAGACGCGGAAAACGAGACGGCGAAGGAUUCGUCUAUUUUGUCUAUUACCGUUACAGUCGUCUACACUCUGUCUCUGAUAGUAUUGAUCAUAUCCUGCGACGGGUUGGAAGCCAGCGGCAAGAAAGUGAUAAAGACCUGUUACAUCAUGCACGAAAGCACUGAGAGUAGACUGGUUAAGGACCAUCUGCUGCAAAUGGCCCAGUACGCGGAGCAGUGGAGACCCACCCUUUCGGCUGCAGGUUUCUACAACGUCAACCAGUCCACUUUAUCCGCCAUAUUCGAAGCUAUCAUCACCUACUUGGUGAUAAUAAUACAGUUUAAUCUCGCUCUAGCGUAA